UCAAUGUGUAUUCUGUGUAUUGCUAAGAUGUCGUCUUGAUCGACGAUGGCUUGUUAUAUACUCAGUAUAUUUUAUUAAGUUGGUGUAUAUUGGUGCAUAUAUAUUGUGAUUCAAUAAUGUCUUUAACAAACUUAUUGCCUGCCCCUACUCAAGUGGUGUGGGAUAGAGAGGAUGAGGCACGUGAGCAAAAAUUACGCCAACGACCUGUCUCAGCACUGGUCAAAGCUGUUGUCACAGCUCCACCUUAUGGGCAACGUCGAGGAUGGAUACCACGCAAUCCAGAAGACUUUGGAGAUGGAGGAGCUUUUCCAGAGAUUCAUGUUGCACAAUACCCUCUUGGAAUGGGAAUUAAAGGCAAGGAAACAACAAGCAAUGCUUUAGCGGUCCAACUUGAUGCGCAAGGAAAAGUAAAAUAUGAUCUCAUAGCGAGACAAGGUCAUGGCAAAGAUAAAAUUGUAUAUAGCAAAUUGAGCGAUUUAUUACCAUCGGAAAUUACAAACGAGGAAGAUCCCUCUUUACAACGACCAGAUGAUGAAGAACUGGAUGAACUCACAGAUAAGACGAAAAAAGCACUAGAAAAAAUAACAAGAUCAAAAAUUGCAGCUGCCAUGCCUGUACGAUGCGCCGAGAAACAAGCUCCAGCUCAGUACAUACGUUAUACACCAUCGCAACAAGGACAGUCUUUCAAUUCAGGUGCAAAGCAAAGAGUUAUCAGAAUGGUGGAAGCACAAGUGGAUCCGUUGGAACCACCAAAAUUCAAAAUUAAUAAAAAAAUUCCACGAGGACCUCCAUCUCCUCCAGCACCUGUUAUGCAUUCGCCUACGAGAAAAGUGACAGUAAAAGAACAAAAAGAGUGGAAAAUUCCACCUUGUAUAAGUAAUUGGAAAAACGCAAAGGGUUACACAAUUCCAUUGGACAAACGUCUUGCUGCAGACGGUCGGGGUUUGCAACAAGUUCACAUAAAUGAAAACUUUGCAAAAUUAGCAGAAGCUCUUUAUAUCGCCGACAGAAAAGCCCGCGAAGCAGUCGAAAUGCGCGCACAGUUGGAGAAGAAAUUGGCUCAGAAGGAAAAAGAAAAGAAGGAGGAUCACUUAAGGCAACUUGCACAAAAGGCUCGAGAGGAGCGCGCUGGCUUGAAAUCCGCGGCGACCUUAGAUAAGGCUGAGGAAUCACGCGAGAGAGACCAGCUCAGACAGGAGCGACACAAGGAUCGCGCUCGCGAACGUAAUUUAGCUCGUGCCGCCCCUGACAAACGUUCUCGUUUGCAACGCGAGCGCGAGCGUGAUAUUAGCGAGCAAAUUGCGCUUGGCUUACCCGCAAAGAGCAUUCCUAAUACGGGAGAAGCACAAUUUGAUCAACGUCUUUUUAACACUAGCAAAGGCAUGGACAGUGGUUAUGGACACGAUGAUGAGUAUAAUGUGUACGAUAAGCCGUGGAAAGAUAGCAAUUCCAUUGCUUCACACAUUUAUCGUCCAAGCAAGAAUAUCGAUAAAGACACUUAUGGAGAAGAUUUGGAGAAAUUGGUUAAGACAAGCAGAUUUGUUCCUGACAAGGAAUUUAGUGGAACUGACAGAUCGGCAACACGAUCAGGACCAGUACAAUUUGAGAAAGAUGAGGAAGAUCCUUUCGGUUUGGAUCAAUUCUUGAAACAAGCUAAACGUGCCAGUAGCUCGACCACGACAACAACAAAGCGCAAAGAUGAACGCGAACAGCGCGAACAACGUAGAGAUGAUCGUGACAAGCGAAGAAAGCAUUAAGAACGAUUACUACUUAACAAGUGAAUUGCAUAGAAUUCUCGCGGUAUAAUUAUUGACCGUUUAUUUCACACAAAAAAUUUUCUCAGUACUCUGAAUUCUAAUAAUAAUAAUAAUAACUCUGAGAAUAAUAAUAAUAAACGUGU